CUACGCUGGAUACUGGCUAUACUGGAUACUGACUGGACUGACUGACUACAGAGUACUGAUACUGGACACAGAGCUACAGACAGCUACAGACACUACAGACAGCCACUGACAGCUACUCACACAAGCCAUCACAUUCACUCUUCACGACGCGUCACGACCAGCCCUGGCUCUUGUCAACCAUGUCCGGAUGGCAACCAGACUCAGGCAGCCUCCAGACAUUCACUCAGGUCCUCGCAGCCUCCCUCAGUCCAGAUAGCAAGCUCCGCACAGGCGCCCUGGAACAGCUCGACAUUGCAAAGUCAAAAAUCCCAGACUACAACAACUACCUAGCCCACAUCUUCCUCCACCCAGGCGCAGCAGAAACAAGCCUCAGGUCAGCUGCAGGAUUGCUCCUCAAGAAUAUCGUCCGCUUCGAGUAUCCAGAGAUUCCACCGCCCUCUUUGGCCUACAUCAAGGAAACCGCUUUUGCCGGCUUGAAUGAUGGCGAAGCACUCAUUCGCUCCAUCUCGGGCAACUUGAUCACAGCAACCAUCCACCGUGGCGGUAUCCGCGAGUGGCCAGAGGCUCUGCCCCGGCUCAUGCAGCUGCUGGACGAUUCUAAUGAAACCACAUGCGAAGGCGCACUCAGUGCACUUUCCAAGAUUUGCGAAGAUUCAGCCUCAGAACUCGACAAGGACUACGACGGUCAACGGCCCCUCAACUUUAUGGUACCCAAGUUUCUCGCCUUCACAGAACACCCAACCGCCAGGAUCCGGGCAGAGGCACUCUUCUGCCUCAAUCAAUUCAUCCUCCUCAAGUCGCAAUCUCUUUUUGCCUACAUUGACCCCUUCCUCACACGGCUAUUUGCCCUCGCCACCGACCAAGACACGGGUGUCCGCAAAAAUGUCUGUCAAGCUCUUGUCAUGCUUCUAGAUGUCCGCCCAGAUAAAAUUGCCCCAAACUUGGGUUCCGUGGUAGAGUACAUGCUCUAUUCAACGCAAGAUCAAGACGACCAAGUCGCACUGGAAGCUUGUGAAUUUUGGCUGGCCAUUGCCGAACAGCCCGACCUGCAAACUUCGCUGGAACCUUACCUCCACAAAAUUGUACCCAUGCUCCUCAAAGGCAUGGUCUACACUGAAAUGGAUUUGCUCGCUCUUGGCGCAGACGAAGACGAUGCGCAUAUUGAAGACAGGGCAGAAGACAUCAAGCCGCAACAUGCAAAGUCAAAGCUCCACACGCAGACAGAACAUACGCACGAUUCCAAUGGACCCAAGGGUCUCAAGUUUGGUCAGGAUGAUGAGGAAGAGGAAGAGAGCGACGAUGAGUAUGAUGACGACGACGAUGAUGAUCUUUAUGCCGAGUGGAACCUUCGCAAAUGUUCCGCAGCAGCCCUCGAUGUGCUGUCGACUGUAUACGAAAAUCGUCUCCUCGAGCACUCCCUGCCUCAUCUCAAGCAAACCCUUGGCUCACAAGAUUGGAGGGAUCGGGAAGCAGCCGUGCUCGCGCUCGGCGCAAUCGCAGAAGGCUGCAUGACCGGCAUGAUUCCUAUUCUACCAGAACUCUUCCCGCACCUUCUUAGCAUGCUCAAGGAUCCUCGGCCGCUUGUCAGACAAAUUACUUGUUGGACCCUCGGUCGGUACGGUCGCUGGGCAGCCCACUUGCCUGACCAGGAGCGCCAGCAGUACUUUGAGCCACUCCUCGAAGGCCUGCUCAGUGCAAUGCUCGACAACAAUAAAAAGGUGCAAGAAGCCGGUUGCUCGGCAUUCGCCGCUUUGGAAGAUCAAGCCGGCAUUGCGCUCGUUCCUUACUUGCAGCCAAUCUUGCAGCUAUUCGUGGCAGCCUUUGACAAGUAUCAGCAAAAGAACUUGCUUGUCCUCUACGAUGCAGUGCAAACCAUGGCAGAUGCUGUUGGUCCUGCACUCAACAAGCCAGAAUACAUUGAUCUGUUGAUGCCUGCUCUCAUCAAACGCUGGACAAACAUCGCAGACGACGAUCGCGACUUGUUCCCUUUACUAGAGUGUCUUGCUUCCGUGACCAUUGCCCUCGGUCCAGGCUUUGCGGCGUUUGCACCGCCAGUCUUUUCCCGUUGCCUUCAAAUCCUACAUCAAAAUUUGGCUCAAAUAGAUGCUUAUGCGAAUGGAGGUAUACCGGACAUGCCAGACAAGGACUUCCUCAUUACGGCACUCGACCUCCUUUCUGGUCUCGUUCAAGGACUUGGUCCAAGUGUGGCGGAGCUGAUAGAAUCGACACAACCACCCUUGCUGCAAUUGUUGCUCCUUUGCUUCACAGACCCCGUGGCCGAAGUCAGACAAUCUGCCUAUGCGCUUCUCGGUGAUCUGGCCAUCAAUUGCUACGACUGCAUCAAGCCAUACCUCGGCGAAAUCAUGCCGAAUGCCCUCACUCAGAUCGUCAUUGAGACAGAUUCCAUCAGCGUAACGAAUAACGCAAUCUGGUCGUCUGGAGAGGUGUGUCUUCAAGCCGGACCCGAUAUUGGCCCGUGGGUCGAGCAGCUCUUCAAGCAGCUUGUUGGCAUUGUCGGUGCACAAAAGGUGAGCAUUACGGUGCUUGAAAAUGCUGCCAUCACACUGGGCAGACUCGGCUGCAGUGUUCCCACACAAGUUGCGCCCCACCUGGAUAUGUUUGCCAGAGCGUUUUGUGCGGCGCUUCGAGAUGCAGAUGACAAUGACGAAAAGAACUCUGCUUUCCACGGUUUUUGCCAGAUGAUUGCAACCAACCCGUCUUCUCUUGCAGGCUUCUUCCCGGACUUUGUGAAUGCCGUUGGCCGCUACAAGGAACCUUCGCCAGAAUUGAAUGAUAUGUUUGGCAAGAUCCUUACAGGCUACCAACCCGUCUGUCAGAAUUGGGAACAAAUUGUCGAUUCUUUGGAACCACAGGUCAAACAGACCAUCAACACAAGGUAUCACAUCUAACUGGCAAUCUUACGCAACUUCCUUCUUCACUACUGCGGUUCUAUCCCAGCGGUGUUGGCUGUCUGUCUACGAUAUUCGCCGUCGCAGGAUAAUGAUUUUGAGCUUAUCUUGGUUUCGCAUAGGGCGGCACUGACAAUGGUGAAUCCUGUCGGCCGCAUUGCAUUUUGUAUGUAGACAAUGCUGAUUAGCAAUCACUUGAGC